UUAAGCGUCUGUCUCUCUCUUUCUCUGCCUUUCAUGAGAGGCGCAGCUCGUCAGUCGCUGUACAGCCCAGCGCAGAAAUUUCCGCUUCCUGCUUCGAUAAACAUUUCAGACCAAGUCGGAAAAGCAGGGUUGCUCCAGGGGCUUUGUGAGCAGCGGGCACUCGGGAAGCGAAAGAAAACAGCAGCUUUUCCCGUUGGAAAAGGGGGCCGACCGGCGCUCCUGAAUGUCAGUAUCGGUCUGCCGAUUUUGGGGAUAUAUCGCGUUUUCGACUGGCGUCGUUGCUAGAUCAGAGACACUCCGUUUGAAGUGUCUUACCUCCAAGUAUGUCGGAGAGGGGAGGACUCCCGCGAACUGGAGGUGCUCCGUCUCCGCACAUGCAGCCCUCCAAACCGGUAACCAUCUCAUCGAGCCGCCCGGUGCAGAUGAACCUCUUUGCUACUUGGGAGGUUGACCGAUCUUCUCCAAGCUGUGUGCCAAGACUAUUCAGCCUGACCCUGAAGAAGCUGGUGAUGCUCAAGGAGCUGGAUAAAGAUCUGACGUCUGUGGUGAUCGCCGUCAAGCUGCAGGGCUCCAAGCGAAUACUGCGCUCCAAUGAGAUACUGUUGGCCUCUGCAGGACUCACAGAGACGGACCUGCAGCUCACCUUUUCCCUGCAGUACCCACACUUCCUGAAGAGAGAUGCCAACAAGCUCCAGGUGAUGCUUCAGCGCCGGAAACGGUACAAGAACCGGACCAUCCUGGGCUACAAGACGCUGGCCCUGGGCUUGAUCGACAUGGCUGAGGUCAUGCAGCACCCCAGUGAGGGAGCUCAGGUGCUGGGUCUCCACAGCCAGGUGAAAGAUGCAUCUGUCCCGGUGGCUGAGAUCCGCGUUCAGUCCCUGUCCAGUCAGCCCAUCAACUACGAGGGGCCCAAGACUAAGUUGUUUGAUCGCUCUCCAGACAUUGAUAACUACUCUGAGGAGGAAGAGGAGAGUUACUCAUCAGAACAGGAUGGCAGCGAUGACCCUGUUCAUGGGCAGUACCUCUAUGAUGAAGAAGAUGAGGUUCGGAAGAAGAAACCUCGGCGGAAGCUUACAUCCAGCGCUGCCAUUACUCGUGUUAAUCAGCCCAAUAUCAAACAGAAGUUUGUUGCCUUGCUGAAAAGGUUCAAGGUUUCUGAUGAGGUGGGUUUUGGACUGGAGCAUGUGUCCCAUGAGCAGAUCCAGGAGGUGGAGGAGGACCUAGAUGAGCUCUAUGACAGCCUUGAGCUUUACAACCCCAGUGACAGCGGCCCUGAGAUGGAGGAGACUGAGAGCAUCCUUAGCACCCCCAAACCCAAGCUGAGGCCAUUUUUUGAGGGCAUGUCCCAGUCAAGCUCACAAACGGAGUUCGGCAGCGUGAACAGCAGAGGCAGCCUGGGCAGGGAUGUCUUCAGUCCUCAGGGGGAACAGCUGCCCUUUGACAAGAUGAAGCAUUCCAGAAGCCGCAAUCUGGAUGACGCUCCGUCCGAGACGGACAUUCUGGAGCCAAACGACCAGGAGCUGGUAGAUGUGUCUGGGAUAACUGUCUCAGUACCAGAGAAGCCAAGGACCCCCCUGAAGAGCAACAGAAGUGAGGUCCAGACUGUCCCCUCCCCAAGGUUGGAAGGUGGGCACACUCCCAGGCAGAAGCGCAACACCCCCCCAAAGGAGCGGCAGCUGUGUAAGCUAAACGAGCGGGCUAACAGCUCCGACAGCGAGCGCUCACCUGAGUUGGGGCACAGCACGCAGAUCCUGAGGAAGGCUGUUUAUGACCAGCUGAACCAGAUUCUCCUAUCAGAUGCUGCCCUUCCUGAGAGUCUGAUCCUAGUCAAUUGCAGCGAGUGGCAGGGCCAGUACGUGGCAGAGCUGCUGCAGGCCCAGAAGCAGCCGACGGUGUGCACCUGCUCAGCUGCCGAGAUCCAGGCUGUCCUCUCUGCUGUCCUGACACGCAUUCAGAAGUUCUGUAACUGCAACUCGUCGGUGCCGAGACCAGUGAAGAUCGCCGCUGUGGGGGGGCAGAGCUACCUGGGGGCCAUUUUGUGCUUCUUCGUCACGCAGUUGGCCAACAAGACAUCUGACUGGCUGAACCAUAUGCGAUUCCUUGUGGUGCCCUUGGGAUCGCACCCUGUAGCCAAGCACCUGGGGGCGCUAGACAGUCGUUACAGCUCCGCCUUCCUUGACAGCAGCUGGAGAGAUGUCUUCAGCCGUUCAGAGCCCCCACAGACAGAGCUGCUGGAUGUGGUGGGCCGGAUUACCCAGUACAUCAGUGGAGCUGCAAUCACGCACCAGCUUCCUAUCGCAGAGGCCAUGCUAACCUGCAAGCACAGGACGCAUGAUGAAGACUCUUAUCAGAAGUUCAUCCCCUUCAUCGGGGUUGUGAAAGUGGGUCUGAUUGAACCUGGACCGUCAAUGGCAGAUACAGAUGAGGGCUUGUCUGUCAGCUUGGCCGUCCCCUCUACCUCCCCUCCCUCUCAUGCCCCCACUGUUGGCCUGAUGAAGGAUGUGACAGCCACCCCACCCUCCUCACCGUCCAUGAGUGCCGGUCUGUCUGUGCAGGGGAGCCCCAGCAUGUCCCCUGGAGUGGACGCCAUAGGACUGCAGGUGGAUUAUUGGCUGGCCUCGUUAGCAGACAAACGGCGAGAGGGAGAGCGACGAGACGCGGGUUGCAAGAACACCCUGAAGAGCGCCUUCCGAUCACUGCAAGUCACCAGACUGCCAGGAGGGUGCGCCAUCGAUCUCCAGGCCCAAGUCAACACCAUGUCCAUGACUGUUGUGACCAAAGAGAAGAACAAGAAGGUUCCCACCUUAUUCCUGGGGAAGAAGCCAAAGGAGAAGGAAAUGGAGUCUAAGAGUCAGGUUAUCGAAGGCAUCAGCAGACUCAUAUGUUCUGCCAAGCAGCAGCAGACCAUGCUGAAAGUGUCCGUCGAUGGGGUAGAGUGGAACGAUGUCAAAUUCUUUCAGCUCGCUGCUCAAUGGCCAACACAUGUCAAAUAUCUCCCCGUGGGACUGUUUGGUUACAGCAAACCUCCUCCUUAAGGUCCGCCUCCCAAAGUGUGUGUCAUUGUCCCACGCCCCACUCUCUCUGAGAGCUCUGUAGCCCACACUAGCCAAUCAGAAUUGACCCUGGAGGGCAGGCCUCUCCUUUAUUGCUUUGUUGGCGGGUAUUUUGUUUUUGUGCUCUAUAUGAGACUGGAGAACAGAAGUGUGGCAUUUGUAAAUGAUGCAAGCUGGAGUGACUGUUUCACUGGUAAUGUGGUGUGUCUGAAGCACAAAUUGUAAUAAUGGUGUUUUUCCAGUAUUAUAGGGAGAAAGAACCUCCUGGAUUUAGUAUUUUGCCAUUUUUUAAUUCUUGAGUUACUGGAUUUCCCUGAAUUACUGAGCAGUUAAUUCUUUGGAUGGCAUAGAUGUAAUAGGAGAAAUAAUCAGCGGCGAAAAAGAGCAUUGCAUGGAAGACUGCACAAGCGUCAAAGUUAAACUCCAGGAUUCAAGAUGCUGUCUGCUGAUUGGCAGAUUAGCAAUAGCACUAAAACUCCUUGGAGUGAGAGAAAAAAAAAGGUUACCCCCAGCCAGACACCAACCAUUAACACCAGUCAGUGCUGGAAAACAAAGGUGCUUACCAACUAAAAGUUGAAUGUUUCUGAGGAUGACGGCCAUUUUUGAAAGAUGGUGCAACUUUGUAUAAAAGGGUUUGUGAAACAGUGUUUCUUGGGUGGUGUGUGGGUGUAUGUGUAUGUGUUUUGGUUAUUUCUGGUGAAGGUGUUAGUGGAGUACCACUUGUAUGGCAGUGAUGGAGAGAUAAACAGAGUUUUAAAAUCUAAAUAUAUAUUCCCAUUGUAAUAAACAGUUUAGCGAAGACCACUGUGAUGUGUAAAGUCUCACAGCAUGCAUACAGUUUCACCCAUUUACCAUUUAUAAACAAAUUAGACAUUGAGUUUACUAUUAUUACUAUAAUUAUAACACAGCAAUCAGUAUGGGUUCCAGCAAGCACCAGUUUAUUUCGUGUAGCUGAGUUAAGUAUUAAGAUUUUAUACAGGUCUGCAAAUAGUUUCCAAGAAAUUUUUAAUUCCUGUCUUUGAGUCAGUGGGGAUCACACUUAGGUCACUUAGAACCAGGAGCAGCAGACAGCGCAGUUCUUAAUGAAUCAGGUCAAACAUGGAGUAGAUAAAGAAUCUUUAUGAGCAAAGAGGGAAAAUAUGAGAUCUUAGUGGAACAUAAACAGCAUUGAGUGAAAUGAUGAUGAUGAUGAUGAAGACAAAAACAUCUAAGAUGACAGUAAUUCAGCUUAAGUAAGUCACUCUGGCCUUAUGCGAAAUAGAUCCUGUCAAAUCCUAAAAAGAAAAUGUGUUGAAUGACUGGAGUGAUGGUCGCUUCUCAUCACCCCAUGUUCUCAUCUGUUCAUUACCUGAACGGAACACAUCCUUGAGAACUUCAGAUGUAUACAUUUCACUAUAUUUUUGCUUCAGUUGAAGACUCUAGCUGUUCAGUUCUGGGGAUAGGAGUAGGACAGUUUUUUUUUUAACCUCUGCAUCAUGACAUCAUGUUCCAUGCAAAGCAAAAAAAAAUAAUUAACUAACAAUCCUUUGUGAGAUGAGGUGGAACAAAACACUUUUAAAUAGUAGCAUUUCCAUGUGUUUGUGCUAUAAUGAGAGGUUAUAUUGAAUGACUUAGGAUCAGUAUUCUUCUGUAACUGCAGAAAGACACCAAAUGAGUUUCAACCAUGUGUGUGUCUGUGAUGUGUGAUGUGCGUGUUUUGCCUGUGCCAAAUAAGAGGAAGUACAUCAAUGCUGUGGGCUUGGCCAUAGCCUUGUCCACCACGGUCCAAGGAAGGUGCAUGAUAAAAAAUGGUCACCAAAAGCAGCUGGUGCAGAGUUUGAUGCAGCUGUGUGCAGUGGAGCAGACUCUAACAUAGUGGGAUGCUUGGGUAGGAUUACAUUUUGAUAAUGCAACCUUUCAGUGACAUCAAGCUGUACUCCUCUCCUGAGCUAGGGAGGGUUGGUUGUCUUGGUUAAGCAGGCAUACCCAUACUCUCUGAAUGAAACACUCUGCCUGAGGCCUUAUACUCACAGUAAGCCCCCCCCCCAAAAAAAAAAAACCCAUAACACAGUGGAAUUAUGGAUAAUGGAAUGACAGCAAUGAACAUGCUAUAAUAAUGAAAAGAUAAUUUUCUGUUUUUGAAAAGUUGAUGUCAUCACAUGGUGGCCUAUUCUCUGUGGUGGUUAAAUCCAGCUAUUAUCCACCUUUAAGACAAUAAAUACAACACUGCGAUAAACUUCACCCCCCAACCCCCAGCGACCCUGACCAGGAUAAGCAGCUGGAAUUAGGAUAAAAGUUUAUUUGCUCAUCUUAGAGCUUCAUGGUAAUUUGGGGUAAUUUGUUUUGUAAUAAAUACAAGCCUUAAUAUGUAAGUGGCUUCAGGUAGAGAUGUGAAAUAAAUUUAAAUUUAGUAAAAGCUUACAUUUUAAAUUUAAUACUUGCUGCUCAGCAAGGUGCCUGGAGUUAGGGUCAAUGAUAAACCAUAUGACUGCCUGAGUAUUUGGUUAGUGAGUUGUCCUGCCCAUACUCCAAACCACAGGUCUCAUUUACUUGGACCUAACAGACGAUUACUGAACCUUUGAAUGUUGUCUUGGGUCCCACUUCAGUUUAAAUAUUCUGGAAAACUAAAUUUGCGAAGAGGAUACAUUUACAUUUGUAGAUGUGCGGCAAAUGUAUUCCUCACAUUCUGUUGUUUCUCUCGCAUCAUUCAGCCGGGAUGCCUUUUCCCUUUAAAUAAUGCUUGUCAUGAGUUACAUUUUUUACUUUGUGUUUUUUGUAGCUCUGUCUUACUUGCGUAUAGUUGCCAAUCGCUGUUUAGGGUGGAAAGUGGAAAUCUGUUGUCUUUAUUUUAAUAAACAAUCUUUAUUUGUAA